AUGUCCACUGGUUUUAAUCUUAUUCUAUUUGUCAUAUGUAUUUUUUUGCUAAUACGAACUAAUCAAGGGUUUCAUCAUCAUCAUCGUUCUCAAAUUUUUCGAAAAUAUCGUCAUAUUUCUUUACAUAAUGAUAGUCAUCUCAAUUCAUCCUUGGAAUCAUCAACAAAAAUCGAAUCAAAUCUAUUCUUUCAAAAUGAAUCUGUACCAUUGGCUUCAUCAGUUGUUGAUGAUCUUACAACUCUUGCAUCAGCUGUUUAUAUAAUUUCUCUUAUCAUUAUUAUAUUUGUUCUUCUUGCUUGGACAACUCAUUAUAAUGCUCCAUGUUCAUCAAUUAUUGCAUCUAUUUUAAGUACUAUUACUGGUUUGCCUGAAUCAAUUAUUCAUUCAGUUGCUCUUUGUGGUUCAUGUUGUACAUGUAAAGUUUUGUAUGACACAAUUUGUCCUUGUUGUCGACCACCUGAUACGCCAUCGAAUCGAUCUCUAAUUGGAUCAUUACCGGCUGGCGUCAUUGCAAUGAUCCAAAUACCUGAUACUCCUAAUCCAUCACUACCUAAAACUCUUGUGACAGUUGUAGAAUCUACUUCUGUAUCAUCAAGACCUUUGACUGUUAAUGUUGAUUUAUAA